UAAAAAAAAAUAGAAGCACGACUUUUUGAGCGCCUUCCUUCCUUCCUCAUGACGUGAGUGAGCCUUUGUAUUGAUUAUAUCCUCUAGAAGGUCUCUCAAGCCCAAGUUUAGAGUCGACCCACUUAAUAAUUAAGGCUCACAAGCAUACAUUGACAGUGGUGGUGGUGUCGAAAAAGCCAACCCAGCUAACAUUUAUCGCCUGUACGUCAUCAGAAAACUAGUCUCCAUUUGCAAGGGAUUCGAAACAAAAUGACGGCUGAAAUUGAAGAGUUUCCGUCUAAUACGGUGCAAGUGGUGCCAUGUUCGAAUUGUGGGCGAGGAUUCGCCAAAGACAGAUUGGACACUCAUUUCAAGAUCUGCAAGAGUCAAAAGAAGCGAAAGCCUUACAACAUCUCCAAACACAGAGUAGCUGGAACAGAAGCCGAAGAUCUAGUACGACAAGGGCGACUCAAACUCGAACCUCCCAAGCCCAACGCCAAAAAGUCAGAUUUGACCGCCAAGCUGAAAUUAGCAGCUGCCGAAGCUGCCAAAGUGCCUGAGAAGCAGCCUUUACCACCUAUUCCGUCAAAGACUGACGGGGGCGUUGGAGCGGCCAAUUCAAAUGCAGUGUCGUAUCAGGUGGUUUUUGAGGGCGAUGAUGGCCAAUUGAAGACCAAGAAGGCCAGCAAAUUUGAUUCACUACAAAUGAGGGCAAGUCACCGACCCCGACCUCAAACCAGAACCAUUGACGAAAGAUAUUUGUCGGCCGAGCGGGCCAGAGGCCGAUGGCAAGCGGCUGCCACCACCAUCAAUCCUGGUUUGAGUGGCUCCUUGACCAAUGGGGUGUUAUCCUCAGAGGAAGAAGACUUCUUGAUGUCGUCCAUGACCUCAACCCGAACAGUGUGUUCAGACGCAUUCGAUUUCUUAUUCGACUCGGACAACUUGAACCCGGACAAGGUGCUGAAUCACGCGGAAAUUGAGCGCUUCACUGAGGAGAAGUUCCUCGAGUACCAAGCUCAAAAUGAAGGUCGCGAUGAAAAGGCCAUGGUGAAGCACAGUGCUUGUUGUGUGAUCAGCUAAUGCACUCCCACCGCAUCCCCAUAAUCUUUCGACUUGAAUCGGAUCGAUCAGCACUUCUUUGAGAAUAUAUAUCCUUUCAAGUACCGACUUUUGAAAUUAUUGCGAGAGGUUUUCUGCAGGAGAGGGACCA